UUUGUCCCUGAUUAACUUGUAAACAGGAAUUGUACUUUACACCAUGCAAUUUGCCUUAAGGGCUCCAUUCAUACGCACAAAACGGAUUCGUUCACAAUCGAACUAGUCCGCACUAUAAUAAUAAAACUUGGAUGUGACGGUCACUACGUCGGUAUUGUCCGAUUGGUGCGGGUUUAUCGCGCCAAAUUUAAUAUUGUGAAAAAGUGGAUUUUGUGUUUUAGUGAUUAAGUGACUUUCAGGGAUGUUUACUAAAGUCCAAAACAGACAAUAACCACCCCUUACUAAGCCCCAACGAUGCCUAAACGUCAACUUCAAGCAAUUUCACCAUCAACCCUCUUCAAAGAGUUUAGUUCCCGACCAUUUCUCUACGAGGUCUACUACAGCCUUAGGAACAGAGGGAUGCUAAUCUGAAAACAAUUGGAUUAGUGUUAAUUUAGUGUUAAAAAUUGUAAACAAUAAUGAGUUAUAACUGGUAUGGUGCCAAUUGGCAACAGGACCAAGGGCCAAUGGACCACGAGGUGGAAGGUAGCAGUUAUAUGGGAUAUGGAGUUAAUGGUAGUAGUUUGGAUGACAUGAUGAGAUUUAGGCCUAAUAAGACAAUAGAAGACUGCGAACGGCUCUACGUUAAUGAAACCAUCAAACUGCUAAAAACCCACCCCGAUGGUUUCUGUAGGGUGGCCUUCGAUAACAUUUUGUGUUGGCCUCCUACCCCCUAUAACUCGUUGGCGAAGGUCAAAUGCUUUUCCGAGUUUUAUGGAGUUAAAUAUGACGACACCCAGAAUGCCACAAGAGAAUGCACCUUCAACGGCACAUGGAGCACCCCUUUCUACGACUUCUGCACCGCCCUAAAUCCUUACUCAUUGGACGUGGACACUCAAAGUAACAUUUACUUAAUAGGUUACGUCAUAAGCUCCAUCACACUAGCACUGGCCAUUUUCAUAUUCACCUAUUUCAAGGAGCUGCGAUGUCUGAGAAAUAAAAUCCAUAUGAACCUAAUGUGGUCCUAUCUACUUACUUACCUCAUGUGGAUUAUUAUUCUUAUAGAGUUAAAUUUCACGGACCAUAUUGCCGUAACGUGUGUGUUUGUCGUGACCCUGCUCCAUUACUUCCACAUCACUACCUUUUUCUGGAUGUUCGUCGAAGGUUUGUACCUCUACAUAUUAGUGGUGAGGACGCUGACGAGGGAGAGCUUCAAACUAAGGGUCUACGCUCUUAUAGGUUGGGGAACUCCUUUGCUAUUCAUCAUUAUAUGGGCUGUGAUAAAAGGGAUUGCAUUAGAUGCGACCUUCGAACCGGAUCAAAUGGGAGAAAAGUGUCCCUGGUUCAUAGGCCACGAUAUAGACUACAUCUUCCAAGUGCCGACGGUCCUAGUGUUGGUGAUAAAUCUAAUUUUCAUGGUGUCCAUCAUGAUAGUGCUGGUUACUAAGCUACGGUCAGCUAACACCGUGGAAAUCCAGCAGUAUAGGAAAGCUGUGAAAGCUUUGGCGGUGCUGAUUCCUCUUUUAGGGGUUACUUAUGCCAUCACCAUUUACGCCCCCAGUUUGACCAUAUGGGACAUGUUGCGGAGCGCUUUGUUAUCUGUACAGGGUUUUAUGGUGGCGAUCUUCUACUGUUUCCUAAACGCAGAAGUCCAAAACACCGUGAAGCAUCACUUUGAAAACUGGAAAACCCAAAGGAGCCUCGGCCCGAGCCGACUGAGAUCCAGCAGCCGCAGCAAAGACUGGUCGCCCCGAUCCAGAACCGAGAGCUUAAGAAUCACCGAAUGGACCCUGGUCGCCCCCGAAGAUCUCGCCGAUUACCCCCAGGCGAACAAUCAGCGUACGCAACUCACCGUACCGGAGCGCAGGUACAGUACCCCAACCUCACCCAAUCAUCAUCAUCCUCUCCCACCAAUGACCCACAACUCUAAAAAGUACUACAGCGAGACGAACGUGAUCCCCAAAGAGUCACUACUGCUGGUGAGUCAGAGAAAAGAGUCGCUAGUGAAUCAACCGUUGCUGGAACAAAACGAAGAUUCGUUGUCACCCGAUGUGGAAACAGUACCGUUGAGGAAGGAAUCACAGGCGAAUCAGCCACUGCUGGAACAAAUCGAAGAAUCGUCAUCACCGGAAACUGAGAUGAAACUGUUUGAGAUCGCUGUGAUGGUGUCGUAUAAAGAAAACGGAACGGUUAAUGUGAUGCCAAUGAGAACCGGGGGGAGGAACAGGGAUGAUUCUGGUAGAUUCGUAGACGCUUAAGUCUUUUGGUAGAUUAUGCUGCAUGGAUUAACGGGCAACCGAUGAACAUUUACUACAAGAGGGAAUCGUGCAGGUCAGACAUUACCACGACCAGUUUUAUGAACGGGAGCAGUCAGGGGUUCAAUCGCAGCCCCUAUUAUCACCCUAAGCCCCAGCAACAGCUGA